AUGAAGUGUUCCGGGCAAAGAGCACUGCUGAUUGCCUUGAGCCUGCAUGUCGCUCACUUCUGCUUCAGUGUCCAGUCACCCCCCUGGCGUCCGGAGGAACUGUCUCUUCCGGCUGCGAAGAAGCGCAGCCCUGUUUUCCUGCUUGGUCCAUCGCAUUUUCUGGACCGACACUUAGAAGAGGCGAAGAUGGAAAGUGAGGUCUUGGGGCCGCACCUCCGGAAGUUGAGGGGGAUGGACAGCAUGGCUUUGGAAGCUCUUCCAGUCUUUCACAGUUCGACGCUUCGCGUAUUGGAAGAGGCAUACGGCUGUUACAGCAGAACUGUCCUCAUGGUGCCCAACUGGUAUUUCGGGAAUCGCUAUGUGGAUUCCUUGGUUUCUGACCAGCUCUUCCAUGACUUGCCCCCAGAUGCCUACAAUGUAGUGCGGGAGAGGGUGAAGCCUAUGGAGAAUGAGAUCAUGGUGAGGCAGGGCCUCUCUUGCUUGCAGCACCUGGCCUCGAGAUUCCCGGACAUGAAGUUUAUUUUCUGGUGCAUGGCGCGUCGGACGCUGAUUCCCAAUCACACCUCCACUGUUCCUCUGGAAGGACAAUAUCUUCAAGUUUCAUCACGAUUUCGUAACAACACGCUCGAUGUGCUGCAGUACAGCGAUCGCGACACCUUUACAAGGCAUCACAUGAAGGACAACAAUGGCCAUCCCAAAAGGCAGGGCUACGAUUUGAUUUUCCGCCUCAUUGAAAGCAUUCUGCCUUGA